AUUCAAUGGAAUUUGGGUGGGCGGCGCAGGGAACUUUGUCCAUCUAGCCUUGGAUAGUGAGAGCCAGCGCCCCUGGACUAUGAAUAUUAACGUGCUUCAGGGGUGGGUUUCCCCAUGGAAUUGAAAAAUAACGCUGUACUUGCAUCUUCACAUAUAAAGGAAGUAGAGCCAGUGGUGGGAUUCAACCAGUUCUCACCACUUCGGGAGAACCAGUUGUUAACUUCCUGAGCAAUUUGGUGAACUGGUUGCUGGAAGAAAUCAUUAGGGCAGAGAACUGGUGGUUAACUGGUUGUUAAAAUUAUUUGAAUCCCACCAUUGAGUAGAGCUCACUGUGUUGCUGUACUAUCUGGCCCUUGGAUGUGGUCCAGAUUAGGAAAGCAACCUCCUGAAUACUAGUUUUAUUAUAGAUUACAGUAAGAGGUUUAGAAGUGCUUCCCCAUUCUCCUGCCUUUAUUAGGGUGGGUCAGUUCUGAAACACUUUCUCAAAUUUCUGGUUUGGGCUCAGAUUUAUCAGAUUUAUCAUUUAUCAGACUAUUGCCUAUUCUUUGACUUUUCCUUCUAUCUCGGUGUUAUUAUUCUCACAGCAUAUUACAGUUACAGAACUGAUUUUGAUUUGGGUGUGUGUGUGAUAAUGUUUGGACAAUGUAGGAGGACACCGGUAUUAGUCUACAGUGGUACUAAAUUCAGGUAGCAUCUUUUCUAAUUAACAAUGUAAGUAAAAAAGAACAAGGGUGUGCCUUUUAAUAACAUUUGUUAGUCACAAAAAGUGCUACCAGACACCACCUAACAUGGACAAGAAGCUUGCUUCGUAUUUUUUUUCUGUGGUGAAACUGCCUUCAGGGAGUGCACCAAACUCUCUCUCUCUUGCUUGUGAAGUUUCAUCACGGUGAGAAAAAUGGGUUCGGUUUCAGAGAUGCUCACAGCAGUCCCCCUUCACAAGAGGCCUGAUCUCCUGGAGGCCUGUGCUGACCUCAUCAACGAAGAGUGGAAACGGAGCCGGACUUCCCGUAUCCACUCCCUGCAAAAAUCCAGUGACAACUUUCCCAUGUGCCUGGUACUGAUCAGAACUUUGAGGCUAACGGAGGAAACUGCAGAAGGGAAGACGUCCAAUACCCAGUGCCAACUUCUGGGACAUGCCAGGUUAUCCCGUGUGGUUGGCCAAUCCAACAGUUUAUUUGUGGAGACCGUGGUGGUUGCCAAGUCCCUCCGUGGAAAGGGCUAUGGCAGGAAGCUGAUGGAAGCUGUUGAGAACUUUGCCAAAGCCCAUAGCUACCAGCAUCUGUAUCUCACCACACAUGACAAACAGCAUUUUUAUGCCCACCUGGGCUAUAGGUUGUCCAAGCCUGUCCAGUGGGCUGGAUUCAUCAGUUCUCUGGUACCUAUGGAAUUUUUGGAGAACUUCUCUACCCCUCAACGUAAGAUGGAGCUUCCUACACAAUCUGGGAAGCAUAAUACAAAUGCAUCUUACCAAAGCAGAUCUGGAGCAAACUUUUCUCCUUCAGCAUGUGCUGCACCUCUUUCUUCUUCUCCUUUUUGCUCAGUAGCCCCCCCUUCAUUGCCUUCUCCUUGUUCUUACCAUUCAGGGACAGCUACCAUUUCUCCCGGUCUUCCGUUGCCAGGACCCCACCCAUCCUCUGUCCAGUCCAGUAAUGCUCUGGUUCACUCUUCACCAUCAGCCUCCCCAUUUGCCUCUGCUGCCCCAGCUCUUCCACCCUCUCCUCCUCCUCCUCCUCCCCUUCCACUUCCGGUGCCUCCACCAAGAGCCUUUUUACUAGCCCAGCCAAGCUCCAGAAAACCUGCCUCUUCCAGGGUUUUGGAGAAUACAUUUGAAGAACAGACGCUUUUAGAAACACCUUAUCGGGAUCUGAAAGGGCAGCCCAUAUUCUGGAUGAAGAAGGAUAUCUGAUUUUUUCCGUCGUGUGACUGUGCAAUAAAGAUGAAAUAAGUGAAUAAGGAGGAAAAAGGAAAGCCUUUCUUGUUUUCAAAGGAAAGCUUAGCUGUGAGACAAAAGAUUGCCAUUUAAAAUGAAUAAAACAAUGUAUUUAGUUUUUUGUUGUUCUUCUUACUGGGUUCCUUUUCACUGAAAGUUCAAGAUGUUAAGACUAUAUAUGUUAGGUACACUUUGAAAGCCAGCACUUGAUUCUCAUUGAAUUUCAGUAAUCAUUGCCAAAGUUGUGCUGUUGGGGGCUAUACCGAGCUGCCCUAUAGAUUCCCUUGCUUCUCUUGUAUUGCAUGUCUCAAUAAACAGCACCUUCAAAACUUGUAGGAUGUCCCUUCUGAUUCUGCAGGGAGCAUUCAAACAAACAACGUGCAUUUGCAAGUCUGUGGUGCUGAUGCAUAAAGAGACUAGCUUUGCCAUCCCCUCUGUUAGAAAUUAUACAGGAUUUAACGAUGUUUUAUUGAAUAAAUUUGGGUUGAUUUGGUUUAUCAAACUUUAUAGGUGAUGAACCUAGAUUUACAGCCACACCAGUCAGCAUCUCAUAACUCACCAGUUCAAACUGAAGCUAUAUUUAUUUACACGUAUUAUAGCUGUCCCACUCCGAUGAACUCGGAGUAUACAAGACCAGAAAAAAAGAAUCCAUAAGAUCAAAACCUAAAUACAUAGAUAUUUAUCUAAUAUUUGACUUCAAUGGAUGAUUCAUUGCCUUCUCAUGAAUUGAAUAGAACUGAGAGAUGGUGCUGCUUUGGUGGGAUAAUAGUGGAGCAAGCUUGCUUCUUCAUAAGUUUGUCCCAUUCUUUACUUGGACCUCACAAAUGGCAUCUGUAAUAAAAGUUAUUUCCCAUUAGCCAUCAUUCACUUAUAAAUUGAUUGUGUUUAAAGUUUGUGAUUGUGUUUAAAGUUUGGUUUGAGGAAAAAACAACUCUUUAAUUAUAUUGUCUCCCAGGAUUUCUAAUCCACACAAUCUGGAAUUAUGGGCUUUGGAGAUUUUAACCUGAUGCCUUCCAAAGAGUUUUGUGUAUAGGUUGCUUGAUACAAAUAAGGUUUAUGUCAAAUUGCAAUAAGCUAGCAAAGUUAUCAUGAAACAUUCAUGUACCUUUUUUUUAAAAAAAAAAUAGUUCUAUGAAAGUUGAUGUGAACACUUUUUAAAUGAAGAUGUAACUUUUUAUUAUUGGAUUCUUAAUUUCUUUUAGUCUAAUUGGUUAAUAUUCCAUCUGAGCUAUUGCCUUCAUUGCUUGAUAACUAACCUCUCUACUGCAUGCAUGUUGAAAGUAAUAGCUUAAUAUUGGCUCCCUGGUGAAUCCACCUGCAAGAGCAUUGCAUAUUUUGCAGCCAAGUGUUGGAUAUAUUCAGACAGUUUAUGGAUAUAAGUAAUUUAAAUACAUGAAGUAAUGCAAUGUGAUAAUUCUAUUACAGUACUUAGAAUUAACACUUCACUUGCAAUUCCAAGUUCUUUAAAUUGCUUUAUGAAAAUGAAGAGGGCAAGCCCCGUCAGAAUUUGUUCACAAAGCAGCAAUGUUGAUACAGCUGUAAAGGAACUAUUAAAACAGCAUGUGCAUGCAAUUUUUUGAGGGAUGUAUAGGAAAUGUUAUUAUUUCUUCAUUUAAUGUUGUACAUUAAUGUUUUUUGAUACUUAAAGUCCUUGAAAUGAAAAAUUUCCUUUUCAUAUUAAAAGCUGCACAGGUGACAUUGCACAUACAGAAUACCAGGUGUCUGCUACUUAAUUGGCAGACAUCAGUUGCAUGCAACACUUUGGUCUAAAGCACUAUUUCUCAUCUUUGCCAACUUUAAGACGUGUGGGCUUCAACUCCCAGAAUCCCCCAGCCAAGCUGAGAAAAUCUGAGAGCUCAAAUCCAUGCAUCUUAAAAUUGCCAAGGUUGAGAAACAGUGGUCUAAAGAAUAUUGUUUUCAUUUUAAACAAGAGGAAGGUCAUAGUUCUCAACCCAUGACAGCAACUGAGUCCAAAAUUUUGAGCCGAAAAUUGAAACCGUUGCCACGCUUCUGAAUUUUGAUCAUGUGACUACGGGAAUGCUGCAAUAGUCAAAAUGGUCAUACCACUUUUUUCUGUGCCGUUGUAACUUUGAAUGGUCACAAAAUGAACUGUUGUAAGUUGAGGACUACUUUUACUAUAUUUUUUUCCAAUAUAAUGCUUGGCGUAGCAAAAGCUGCUUGCUCCCUAUUCUAUGGAAGAGACUAGAGGUUUUUUCCUCACAGCUCAAAAGUGCCUUCCUCUAUGCCUAAGCUAGAAGAUCAACUAGCCAUCCAUUUGUUGCCGUCUUUAUCAGCCCUAAUUAUUAUCACUUCUGGCUUUUAGCUGGAGAAUGCACUUCCCAUUUUCAAUGCGGGGAAGCCUGUCUGUCUUCUCAACACCCCCAGCUGAUGGAGAAACCAGUUUUCAGCCUUACUACUGUUGUACUUGUGAUGUCCCAAAGGUACUUUUUCA